ACGUCCAAUCGUGACAUUCUUAGCUUCGACAAACGACGGAUAUCUCCUCACAGACGUCUACGUAUCUUCUCUUGAACUUCUAAGGGACCGUUUCGGACCUUGCUCUCGGCCUGGCCGACUUCACCACGACUCACUUCCUGGGAUUCGAUACAUUAGCCACACCUCGCAGUGCAUCGCCCGAGGACACGCAAAGGUAGUAUAUCUGCAAUCAUCAAAAACACUCAACGUCCGCAAUCAACCCAAUCAUCGCCCACUCCAACAUCCACCAUCAUGAAAACCACCGAACACCCCCUCUCACCACCCCCGCUCGCCGAGCUCAUCAAAGUCCUUACGCCCGCUCUUGAAGCAAACUACACCCAUUCCGCCAUCAGCGUCGUCCAAUGUCCCGACCUCCGCGCCGCGCCCUUCCAUCUCGCCGCCCAAGGCAUCAGCGGGAGAGAAUGCAUUGCCGAUAUCGGGGGCCAACCCAACCUCUUCCCCGAACCGCGCCUCGCCGAGACCAAGUACUCCAUGCUCACAUGCGCGCGCCACAUGGGCAUGUCGGCCAAACAGGGUAUGCUGAUUGGAGCUGGUGCUGGCCCGUGGUAUCAAAUUGGUGUCAACUCGGAACUGGCGCCGAAUUUUGGGUGGGAGGGAACGUACGACGAUGUAACGAACCUGACUCACUACACGAAAGUUGAUGGCAGUAGUGGGGCCGCGGUGUGUGAGCGGAGUCCGAGCACGGAUUGUGCGCUUAUGAUGAAUUUGUAUGGAUCUGCGGGACUACCUGGCGAUGUUCUGAAAAUCACUGUGAAGGGACGUAAGGGCAAGGGAAAGAGCUUUACGGAAAGCAUUCGAAGGGCUUUGACGGAGGAGUAUGGCGAGAGGCCGGUGAGUUUGGGGGGCGUCUUCGUGAUCAAGGCUGGAAAGACGAAUUACCACGUGAUGCCUGAUUUUCCUAAGAAGCCGGAGGGCCAGCAGUAUACAUUUACCGACGCCAAACAACUCAACGACUGGCUGACAUACCACAACUUCGACUCGACUGGCUCCGCUCCGAUAGUCUGCCUCACAGUCUUCCACUCCGCCGACCCGGACAAGAAAAUGGGCUUGAGAAUGGAGCACACGCACUGCUUCACCACCGACGGGAGCAAUCGUGGCGGACAUUACCAUUACGAUCUGGAAGGAGAGGAAGUGGAGUACGAGGCUUAUUUGAAUACUGCCAAAGUGAUCUAUCGCAUAGAUAAACCGGAGGUGACACUGGAGAGGGAUUUGCACGACUAAAUACUCUUGUACAGUGAAUGUGAAGGAAAGGCAAUAUCUACUCUCAAUCUGGGUUUAUCAAUCUAGCUACCGUCGAGCUCAACGAAGGUGUCGAAACUAGAUCAGACAUAGCUCUCGUAGUAAGGCGCAGGUCCAUCGCUAGAGUGAUGGCGGUGGGAAGCAGCCGGCUUGGCAUGGGAAUGAGCAUGCUGGCGGGAAGCAGAAUGAUGACGAUGCCCGUCCGUACCAAUGUGCGUCGGCACAGUCGUAGUUGCCGUCCUGUACCCGUCGGGCGAACGAUGCUUGUCGGCGCCGUGGUGGUGUUUCUUUUCGCUGCUGUGGGCGUACGAGGGGUUCACUUUGGUCGCAGACGAG